UCUGGGGACAGGACUAAGAGCUGGGAGUAGGUCUGGAAAGAAACUAGGGAUGGGACUGAGGGCUGGGCCUCAGCGGCCAAGCUAGGGUUUAGGCCUGAGAGAAAGGGGAGGUACUAAAAUUAAAGGUGGGACAAAAAGGGGCCUGGAAGAGCUGGGAGGCCCCGGAUGAAGAGCGCCGUUGAAGUUUAGAUUGGGCUAACACAACGCAGAACCGGGGGAAGGUGGAGGGAGGGGUUGGGCAAGCAUGAGGCGGAGUUAAGGGCUGGACUGGGGUGAAGCGGAGAUUGGGGUUUACGGUUGCCUCGACCAAGCUGAGGUUCAGGAUUGGACUUCUUGCAAGGAAGAGUCUUGUAGCGACGAAGAACUGGGCUGAGCGAUGUGGGUCAGGACGACACUGACGAUUGAAAGGUGGACUAAGGAAAAGGCUAAGGACAAUACCAGCGCCUGGGAUGAGAACAGCACUGGAGCGAUGGACUGCUGCUUCAGUAGGAGCUCUCCUUCUGCCUGUGAAACUAGAGAGCAGAUUGCCUUCCUCAGAUCUGAGGAGAAUGUAAACAGGUUACCCAGCUGGGAGAGACGACACCUGCUGGCUGGCGUGGCGUCUAGCACUGAUGCGUCUACCUUCUCCGAAGGUGAAUUCAAGGACCCGGACAGGUGCUGCUGGAAACACAAACAGUGCACCGGGCACAUCAUCCACCCCUUCACCCCUGACUGUGGCCACCGUAGCCUGCACCUGCACUCUGUCAGCCACUGCGACUGUGAUUCUAGGGUGAAGGACUGCUCAGAGAAGGCAAACAGCAGCAGCUCCCGAGACGUAGGCCCAACCUGCUCCCGAGAUGUGGGCUCAACAUGUUUAAACAUCAUCCAGUCCCCUUGCUUUGAGCUCAUCCCAGAGGAAGAGUGUGUGCAGCGGUUCUGGUAUGGCUGGUGCAAAAGCUAUAGGCCUGUCUCUGUGGCAGUGAUCCACCAUCCCAUCCACCAUGACUGUGGGGCAGACGAUCUGAAUGAAGAAGAGGAGGAGGAAGAGGAGGGGGAGGAAGAGGAGGAGGAAGAGGGAAGCAAGCCUCCCAUCCCCACCCAGGUGGGGCCCGCCACCACACCCGCUGACACAGGCAUGGGUGCAGUCACAGGUACCCCGGACUCAGCAGCUCCCAUCACUAUCUGGCGCUCUGAGAGCCCCACAGGGAAGUCCCAGGGCAAUAAAGUGAUCAAGAAGGUAAAGAAGAAAAAAGAAAAAGAGAAAGACAAGGAGGAGGAGACAGAUGAGAAGGCAAAGCUGAAGAAAAAAGCCAGGAAGGGCAAACUGACUAAGAAGAAAAGCCCAGUUAAAUCGGAAUCUCCACCUCCAGACUUGACCCGAUCAAUAAGCCCAAGAGAGUUGGCCAGGAUGUCAGAGUCCAGCCCAGACAGCCGGGAAGACCUGGAGAGUGAGGACAGUUACAAUGACCCCAGGCGGGAGGAACCCUCCAGCGAGGAUAUUGUGGAGUCUUCAUUGACCAGGAAGAGAGAGAACACGGCCCAGGCUAAGAAACCCAGGGCGAAGGCCUCACCAGUCAAGAAGGUCAAGAGGAAAUCUCCCCCAGCAUCAAACCCCAAUCUCAGUUGAGGCCAGGGCAUCCAGGGUGAAGAAUAAAUGAGAUCAAGCCUGUAGCUGACCCCCUGCUGCUAUUCUCUCUCCCUCCAACCUGUCACUUCUGUGGGGAGGGUGCGGGUUCUGGACACAGCUGGAGCCGAGGGGUCAGGGGGCUGCAGGAGUUUCUGAAGGGUAAUCUAUCUUUCAGGAGGCAAUCCAUGGGAAGGCAGGAGGGACGGCAAGGGAGGGGCACAGCCUGCUUCUCUGUAACAUCCUAGGCUCAGGGCAAGAGAGGAGCACACCUGGGUGGGAUGGGAAGGAGGCGUCCCAUCUCCUGGGAGACUGGUCUGUGUGAAAUCCACUCGGGGACAGGCAGUACUGUCUGCAGUGAUAGCCCUAAUAAACUGAACCUUUUAACCCA